AUGGCGAGUUCCCGCUCCUACUGCCUUCUUCUGUUGCUAAUCGCCUCCGACUCCUUCAGUUGCCACGUACUGGGAGCUAAGCACUUGGAUGGUAAUUUAAAAAAAAAAAAAAACCCCCUUGAAUACAUUGGUCGCUGUUUUCUUUUCCCUGCACCUAAUCUCCCCCACUUGUUUACAUUCUUAACAGGGUUCCUGAACAACGGGAACUUCGAGCAGAGCCCAAAGCCCAGCAACCUGAAGAAAACGGUGCUGAAGGGCACCAGGUCGCUUCCAGGGUGGGAAACAAAGGGCCUGGUGGAGUUCAUUGCUGGUGGGCCGCAGCCCGGCGGGAUGUACUUCCCCGUGGCCCACGGGGCCCACGCGGUGAGGCUGGGCAACGAGGCGACCAUCUCCCAGACCGUGGCCGUGAAGCCAGGCUCGCUCUACGCCCUGUCCUUCGUCGCCUCCCGAACCUGCGCUCAAAACGAGGUGCUCACCGUCUCCGUGCCGCCGCAGUCCGGAGAUCUGCCGCUCCAGACCUUGUACUGCAGCAACGGCGGCGACACGUAUGCCUGGGGAUUCAAACCGAACACAACCCUCGUCAAGAUCACGUUCCACAACCCCGGUGUUCAAGAAGAUCCCGCCUGUGGCCCUCUCAUCGACGCUGUCCACCUUAAGGAGCUCCUCCCUCCAUUUCCCACCCGAGACAAUUUGGUGAAGAAUCCAGGGUUUGAGGAAGGGCCCCGCAGGCCUUUGACCCACAGCGGCAACGGAAUCCUCCUCCCGCCAAAGCAAGAGGACAAAGUCUCCCCACUCCCCGGCUGGAUCAUCGAGUCCCUCAAAUCCGUCAAGUACAUCGACGCGCAGCACUACAACGUCCCCGUCGGAAAGUCGGCGGUGGAGCUGGUGGCCGGUCGAGAGAGCGCCAUCGCUCAGAUCAUCCGGACCGUACCGGGGAAGCUCUACGCCCUCACAUUCGCCGUCGGAGAUGCCAAAAACGAGUGCCACGGCUCAAUGGCCGUCGUCGCCUUCGCCGCCAAGGACAGCUUCACGGUUCCCUUCCAAUCCAGCGGGGACGGCAAGUUCAAGAACGCCAGCUUCAAGUUCAGAGCCAUCUCUGCAAGGACGAGGCUCACUUUCUUCAGCUCCAAUUACCAUACCAGGAAAGACGAUUACGUCUCCCUUUGCGGUCCGGUUAUUGAUCAAGUCAGGGUUUUCCCCAUUAAGGCCUAG